GACAUAUUGAGAGGUGUUGGCCGGCGGUCUCUGGGUAGCCGGCGUCGUCUGCUGGGUGUCGAAGACCGAGUGAGAGCAUCCCACGUGUCCGUACACAUCAUCCCACGUGUCCCACCAUAUCCUGCGUGUGUGUGAAGCCCUAGUGAGCAUCAUGAGCCUGUUGAGCCGGUGUCUGAGUCGCCUGCAGCCGCGUAUACUGCCUGUAGUAGGCGUAAGGGCCCCCUCUCGAGCCCUCGCCCGCAGCCUGGUCGUCCUCUGCUCCAACAAUCGCCCCUCCCGCAGUGGCCGCACCUCUCACCUCUGCUCCUGCGGCUGCGGCAUCCAUGGCAUGCACACCAGAGGUGAUCGUGAAUUGGUGGAGUUCCUGCAAGAAGAGAUAGUUGUAGAGAAAAAGAAUUUAAAAAAUGGUAUUCCAUCACAUCUUGAUGAUUUCUCUAUCAAAGUCAAAGAUGCAGAAGUCACUCUCACCAAGAAGUUUCAUGAUGAAGAAAUAACCAUUUCAUUGAAUGUGAAUCACACAGUAGACACUGAAAUGCCAGAAGUUAAUGUCGACCAGCCAAAUGAAACAGAUCUAGCAAGUCGACCUAGCUUUGAAGUUGACCUACAGAUUGGCUCCAAAAUUUUGUCUUUUACCUGUUCAUAUACUCCACCCGGUGAUGUUAUUGAUGGACAAGAGCAAGGAGGUGAUGUCUUUGGAAUAAAUGAAUUGACAAUAUACGAAGGAGAGUGGAAUGAUGAAACGUACUGUGUUUCAGGCGACAUUUUAGAUGGGAUGAUGUAUGAUCUUUUAAUGAACAUGCUGGAGGAGCGAGGUAUCACAAACGAGUUUGCCGAGAAGUUAAGCGGCUUGUGCUCUGAUUAUGAACACACACUCUAUGUAUCAUUACUUCAGCAAGUUCAGGACUUUGUGAAGCGCAAGUAACAGUCAUGUCUGUGUGUGUUUUACUACCAACAACAGUGAUGAAGUGAGAUGGACAAAUACAUACUGCACAAGGAUUGUCUUCAUUACAAAUUUGAAAUAAUGAUUGUUAUAAACUGUCUAAAUUCAAGUGUUAGAAUAACGUAAAUCUUGUAUGUCAAAAAACUAGUAUUUCCAAUUUGAUUCACACUAGCCAUUUUAUAUAUUUCCAACACUAUGGAAAGGACUUGUAUGAAUUUGACAGAAAAUAUAUUGCAGUGGUGAUCAGUUAUAUAAAGUUUUGUAUUGUUUAUUACAAUCAGUGGUUAAUUUGUAUUGUUCUUUGUUAAUUUACACUGUCCUGGACUUUUCAGUGUAAUUAGCCUAAUAUGUACAGCAUUGAGUAUAUGUAGCUAUGACAUUGUAUUUCUUAUUAAAAUAUGUAAAAUAAA